UCCCUGCGCGUGGCUGCGGUUGCUAUGGAAACGGCGGAAAAUAACAACUCCGUUCCCCCAUGGGUGUAGGCAGCCCUCGUGCUGUAGUAGCUGUAACAGCAGUAGGAGCAGCACCAGCAGCGAAGUCCGUCGCCGGCCCGCCACGCUAGCGCUAGCGUAGCAGCCGCGCGAGCCGCCCGCCCGCAGUCACUCGAGCUUGUGAGAGAGCCAGCCCACGGCCCCGCGAGCGCCCGAUUCCCGGGGAACAGCCACCUGCAGCAGCUGCCUCUCCAGCUGCUGCCGCCGCCGCCCAGCGGGGAGCACCAGGGCAAGGCCCGCUUGCCCGGUUAAGCCGAAGACCCAGCUGCACCUGGUUGCAGCCUCCAGGGCCAGGCAAGUGUCGAGAGACUUCGGAAGAACUCGUUGUUAUAGAAAUAUAGCUGUAGACUGUGCCUGAGGCUCUGACAGCUACUAAGAAGCCAGCCAGCACAAGAGGAAAGAAGCAGGAAGGAGGUGGUCCUGUGGUAGAAGAUGAGCAGCACCAGUACAAGAUCCAACUGCCUGACUCAGCCAGUAGUGAAGAGUGUACUGGUGUAUCGCAAUGGUGACCCCUUCUUUGCUGGACGCAGAGUGGUCAUCCAUGAGAAAAAGGUGUCCAGUUUUGAUGUCUUUCUGAAGGAGGUGACAGGUGGGGUACAGGCCCCCUUUGGAGCUGUCCGAAACAUCUAUACCCCUCGGGCAGGUCACCGAAUCCGGAAGCUAGACCAGAUUCAGAGUGGGGGGAACUACGUGGCAGGAGGCCUGGAAGCCUUCAAGAAACUCAACUACCUGGACAUAGGAGAACCAAAGAAGAGAUCAAUGGAAGUUGUUAAUUCAGAGUCAUCAGAGGAAAAUGUAAAACCUGUAAUCCACAGUAGGAUCAACGUAUCAGCACGCUUCAGGAAGCCACUUCAGGAGCCCUGUACUAUCUUCUUGAUUGCUAAUGGAGACCUUAUAAGUCCAGCAUCACGCCUCUUCAUCCCUAGAAAAGCCUUGAGUCAGUGGGAUCUUGUACUUGAAAUGGUCACAGAGAAAAUAACUUUAAGGAGUGGAGCUGUGCAUAGACUUUAUACUUUAGAAGGAAAACUUGUCCAAAGUGGGUCAGAGUUGGAGAAUGGACAGUUUUAUGUAGCAGUUGGCAGAGACAAGUUUAAGAAAUUGCCUUACAGUGAUUUACUUUUUGAUAAGUCAACAAUGAGAAGGCCUUAUGGUCAGAAAGCUUCAUCACUACCUCCUAUUGUUGGAUCCAGGAAAUCUAAAGGGAGUGGAAAUGAUCGUCAGUCUAAAUCAACUAUUGGUUCCAGUGACAACUCAUCUCCUCUGCCUCCUAAGAGAAGGGGAAAGAAAGAGGAAGUUCUGAAUUCAGAAAAACCUGGUAAAGUGAAACAAAGUACAAACCCAAAGACUCCAUCAACUGUGGUAACGCCACCAAACAAUGAUGAAGGCAUUUUCAAAGCCGGAGCAGAGAGAUCUGAAAUGGAGGGGGCAGCAGAAGUACAAGAAGAUGAAGAUACUCAAGUUGAGAUUCCAGUCGAUCAGAGACCAGCAGAAAUAAUAGAUGAGGAAGAAGGUGGAGGGAAAGAAAAUGAGGAUAUAGAAGAAGAGAAGGAAAAAGAGAAGGAAGAUUUAUCAGAAGUAAAUGGUGAUGCUGAAGAGAAAGAAGUGGAAGAAAGUCCUGAACAAGGGAAUGUUGACCCCCCUAGAAUUAAUGGUGGCACAAAUGAAGAAAAUGGUGAGGAAUUGGAUGAGAUUAAUGAUGACGAGCAUCAUGAAGAGAAAGAGGAAGAGAUAACAUUAGCCAAAGGUGAUGGUGAUGGUGAUGGUCCAAAGGAGGAUGAAUCAGAUCCUCAAAGACCACCACGGCCUGAAGUAAAAAUCACUAGUCCACAGGAAAAUGAUAACAAUGAACAAAACAAGGAGUAUGCUGCUGUGGCAUAGAUGCUUAAAUGUGGAUUAUAAGAAAAAUGAAGGGUUUCAUACGAUACUUGAAUUUUAAACACUGUUAUUUGUGGUUGUUACACAUAAUGUGGCAAUAUGGCUGAAUACUACCUAUAGAAUUUCAAAAUUAUAAUGAAGAAUGGAAAAAAUAAUCACCUUAAUAUCUAUUUCCCCAACUUGUGUUUUUAAAAAAGUCAUCUAAACAAAUUAAAUGUAAGACAUUUGGGUGGAACUUGUCUUGGAAGAAAACUGACUCUUCCUUACUCCUCUGUAAUAGGGUAAUAAUCAUAUUUGGAUAAAUUUUAAUGUGCCCUGACUUUAGAAUUUUAGUUGUAAGAUUGUUAGAUAACAGAAUAUUUUACCAAAUCUUAUUUAAAAUGGCACAGAAUAUUUUGUGAAUUUUAAUGAAAAAUGUAUGUAAUAUUCCUUAGGAUAAUAAACUUUAGAAAAUGUGAGUUGCAAUUCAUUUUUAGAUUUGUAGUAUCAAGAUGUCAUUAAAAUCAAGUAUUCUUGCUAGAUGCUUACACUUCCUUUCUCCCUCUCCAGCCAAGAUCUUUGUUACCUUUCUGAUAUAUCAAGCCAAGAUGUUUAUUUUGCAAAUAGGAGACUUAACUUAUCAGAGUGUUAUAAGUGUCAUAUCAUAUAUCAUAUAUAAUAUUAUAUCACAUCAUAUCAUAUAAUAUCAUAUCACAUCACUAGGCCUCAUCCUUAAAGCCCUUUCAGGUAUUAAAGCCUUGUAGGCUAAAUGCAACCUAGUAUAAAAUUUAGGUGGAUUUGGAAUUAAGGAAGGAAAUAAAAUUAUCUAAUUCAGCCAUCUACUGUACAUUAUUUUCAACAUUAUUUGGUCUGUGGAAAUUUUAUUCAUCUUGUAGAAUUUUUAUUCUGCCAGCCCUUAUCAAUUCUUUUCCUACCUCUUGUUUCAGGUUCUCAAUUAUCUGCAUGUUAGGAACAAAGUUUCUCACAAAAUACAGAUUCUCAGAAAACCAAGGGAAAAGACAAAGAAGGUAUAUAACAGUAUAUAAAAAUAUUUUCCCCACUGCCUAGUUUCAUUAGAUUUGCUAUAUAGUUCCCACUGGAAAGAUAAAAUUUGACAGUUAGAAGGGACCAUAGUGAUUGGUUGGUCCAACCCCUUCACAUUUCAGGUGAGGAAAUUGUGACAAAGAGUGGAAAAGUGGCUAGCCUAAAGAUUCAAUGACUAGUUAGUGACAGUCAGGAUGAGAAAACAAAUCCACCAGCUUUCUAUAUUUUUUCUAUAUAUUUUUCUACAUAUUUCUAUAUUCUAUAUUUCUAUAUUGACUCUGAUUGCUUUGUGUCUCAGCUUAUUUUCACAGAUGGGCCAAUUAAAGUUUCAAGUGGAAAAAAACAGGAAAACAACUUUCCUAUUUUAGUUAUGAAUAGUAUUUUGCUAUUUUAAAUCGUCAAGAUAUCAAACUGUUAAGAGAAAUUUUUGAGGGAAAUGCCAGAACAUUAAUGAAACCUGUUUCUGAUUAAUCUCACACCUUAACUUUUGUUUUUUAGUGACUCAAUGUGAAAUAAUCAGAAAUUGUAGAGUUCAAUUGGCUCAAGGUUACGUAUACUUUGGUAGAUAUUUGGAAAAUAAAUAUUGCUAUUUGUUUUUUGAAUAACCAAGGAAUAAUGCUACUGCACUAAUAGAAAUUGUGCAUUUUUCUUACAUGAGUAUUUUCAUUAAUUAGACAUAGGCAGUGGAUGAGACUUUACUUCUUAGAUUAUCACAACCAUUGCAUUAUGGUUGUGUCUUUAAUUGGUUAAUUAGUAAAAUCAUUCAUUCAUUCAUCCAACUAAGGAAUAUUUGUUAAAUACCUGUUGUAUGUGUAAAGCAUUGUACUAGGCAUGAAAGGAUAUGUUAAAAACUAGCUAAGACAAUAUCCCAUGAAUCUUAGGAUAAGAAACAAACACAGAUAACCAUAAUACAUAAUAUUACGUGGAUCCAUACAUUUAAAUAGUUUCAAAAGAAAGUGCUGUGUGAACUCUGAGGCUGAAGAGAUGGCUGGAAAGGCAGGGGAUGCCAGGUUGUGGAGGACCUUGAAUACUAGGCAUAGGAUUUCAGCUUUAAUCAGUUGGCAGUAGGGAGCCUCUGAGGAUGAUCAGGUCUAUGUGUUAAAAAGAGUAUUCUUGUAUUAAUAUACAGGAUGAAUUUCAGGAUGGAGGAAGGAUGAAGGCAGGAAGACUUGCUAGGAGUCCUUUGCAAUAGUACUUUGGGAUGGUAAUGGGGUAUCUAUUUUAUGGGGGUAUGGGUGGAAAUAGAGUAAGGGACAAGUGAGAGCAAUGUUUUGGGGGACAGAAUCUAGUAUCUAGUAACUGAUUUGAUAUGAGAUUUGAGGGAGAGACAAAGAUAUGGCUUUUACCUCCAGGUUCAAUAAUUGGUUGAAAUCAACUUAGCUGACAUGUAUCACAAAAAACUUAACAAUGUCUUGUGAAACAUAUAUUUUCCCAAGUAGCUGUUUUCAUAUUUUCUAGAAAUAAUGAAUACAAAGAACUCUAAUGGAUUUCACAGUAUUAGAAAGGUAUGAGGAUAUAAGGGCAUGUUAUUAUGGGAAGAAAUAGAUUAAUUCAUAAAUGUUUUUCUGAGAUAAAAAGUAAGCAUAUAAUUUCUAUUUGGUCUUUGGCAAUUAAAUAAAACUAAGCAAUAAGCCUGUAUUUUCAGAAAGAUAAACAAGAUGAUAUAAUAGACUGAAGUCCUAUACUGUUGCUGAUGUUUGAAUUUUUUUAAAAAAAUUGUUAAUUAGAUGAAAAAAUCGAAUGUAAAAUUUUUGACUUGCCCAGUUAAGUUGAUUCUUUGUCAAAAUCUUCUACCCUUGCCCCCCAAAUUAAUUCCUUCUCUCUUCUUUCCAUUAUGUUAUCUAGUUUAGACAAUUGGGAGAUCAUUUGAGGGUCAUUUCAAUGAAAUAAAAGUUGCUUUUUCAUGGAAAAUAAUUACAUUAGGUAUUCUAAGUAUGUAGUGUGGAAAUUUAUUUUGAUUUGGGGACCCUACCUUUGGGUUGAGAUUAGAAAGCCUUAGGCCCUCAGGG